UACAAAUAUGGGUGACCAUGUAUCUCUGCAUCUGUCAAUUUAAAUUAAAUUCGUCAUUGUUUCUUGUCUUGGCUGGCUGGUCGGAUAUUUAUGAUGAGAUUCAGAUGUAUUAUAGUAACUAAGUGAACGAUUGAUUAUAUAUUGUAGUACACAUACAUUCGUACAUACUAAAAUAUGAAGAUCCAGUGUGACGUGUGUAACAAACACCAAGCUUCUUUGUUCUGCACCGCGGACGAAGCUGCCUUAUGCUCCGCCUGCGACCACCGUGUCCAUCAUGCUAACAAGCUCGCCUCUAAACACCAUCGCUUCUCUCUCAACGACCUCAAUUCUCCCAACCAUUUACCUCUCUGUGAUAUUUGUCAUGAAAGAAAAGGAUUUGUUUUUUGUCAAGAAGAUAGAGCGAUUGUAUGCAAAGAUUGUGAUUUGAAGACUCAUGCUGCCAAUGAACACACAAAGAAGCAUAAUAGGUUUCUUCUGAGUGGGAUUAAACUGCUCUCUCAUGCUGAUACAUCACUCUCUCCUGCUCCUCCUGCUCCUCCUGCUGCUAUUAGCAAGGGUAGUUUGGUAAUUACAAACAAUGAAGAAGCUGGUAGUUUCACCAUAUCGGAGUACUUGAUAAACACUAUCCCUGGUUGGAAGUUUGAAGAUUUCAUUGAUUCCUCUUCUUCUUUUUCUUCUUCUCCUUUUGAUACUAUCUUGGUUCCUCAAGCACCACAGUCUUCUUUUUAUUAUUCUGAAAAAAUGGAUAGCAGAUAAAUUUUGUGCCACAGUCCUUCCUAGUUCUAGUUCUAGUUCUAGUUCUAGUUCUCAACUGGAUUUGUGACUGUAUCUUCAUGAAUUGGUGUAAAAUAUCUCCUUCACAUUUUAUAAAUAUUGAACUUUUCACUAAUUGGAUUGAGAUAUAUUUGGAUCCACUGUUGUAACUGCUUCAUGCAUGUAGACAAAUUUUAUAUUAUUUAAUUUCAAUCAUUUUGAUCGGGCCAUCAGAAA